UCAAUAUAAGCCAAACUGUGGAAAACCUCAACUAAGAAGCAAACACAAGAAAGAAAAAAAAAAUAAAACCCAGAAAGACUCUCAAAGAGAAGGUCGUUGCUUUCUGCUCCACUGCGACGAUGAACGGAGGCCCAUCUGGUUUCACAAAUGCUCCUGUCACGAGGGCUUUCAUCAUCGCCUCGGCGCUUUUCACAAUCUUUUUUGGGAUCCAAGGCCGUUACAACACUCUGGGACUGUCAUAUCAGGAUGUUUUUGGAAAGUUUCGCAUUUGGAAGUGGAUCAUGUCCAUAUUUUCCUUCUCAUCAACACCAGAGUUGAUGUUUGGACUGUAUCUGCUAUAUUAUUUCAGGGUCUUUGAGAGACAGAUAGGUUCCAAUAAAUACUCGGUCUUUAUCGUGUUUUCCAUAUUAACUUCACUGCUGCUUGAAGUCCUUGCUGUAGCACUUUUAAAAGAUCCUACAGCAAACCUUGUCACUCCUGGGCCUUAUGGCCUUAUAUUUGCUUCAUUUGUACCCUUUUUCUUUGACAUUCCGGUUUCAACACGAUUUCGAGUUUUUAGUUUCCUCUUCUCAGACAAGUCGUUCAUAUAUCUAGCUGGUCUUCAGCUUCUUUUGUCAUCAUGGAAAAGAUCCAUCUUACCAGGGUUGUGUGGCAUCCUUGCUGGUUCCUUGUACCGCUUAAAUGUCUUUUACAUCCGCAAAGCAAAGUUCCCAGAGUUGAUCUCGUCAUUCUUUUCACGAUUUUCAUUGCCAUCUAUGGGGAGUCCACGUGCAGCACCAGCAAGGAAUGUUGUCAGGAAUGUACCUUCCUAUCCAACUCACCAAAUGGAGAGAAACUACCCUGCUCCAAUGCAAUCUGCAGUAGAACCAUCAGAGGACUCAAUCACUACCCUCGUUUCUAUGGGCUUUGACAGGAAUUCUGCCAGACAAGCCCUGGUGCAGGCCAGAAAUGAUGUCAAUGUGGCCACCAACAUCCUACUGGAGGCACAGUCUCACUAAUUCCAUAAAUGUUCUGCGAACACGAGAGCCAGAUUGUUCUGAAUUGAUAUAGAUGGAAUCCCAAUCAUGAAGGAUUGGAAAUUCACUAAUCAUGAUGUGAGGAUGUUUGUGAACUUGAGGCAUUCCUAGUACCAUCCUCAAGGAUAUUCCUCCUUUCUUAGGAUCAUUUUUCCCACCUUAACUUUAAUCUUUAGAUAUCCAUUUUGAGUACUGGCAUUGAUAGACGAAUGAGUUAGGAUCCUGUACAAAUUACUUGCAACAUAUGGAAAUUAUGCAUAUUUUCAUGAAAUGUGAAUCAGAUAACUGUAGUUGAAGGUUCUUCUAUGCAGUUUGCUUGAAGCUCAUGGAGCUCAGUUUCAUGCU